GUGAGGGCCUGUGUGUGGGUGUGUGGGUGUGAGGGGGAGGCCCUCCCUGAGCGGCCGGUAGGGGCGCGCGGCACUGGGCGGUGACUGGUCGGGGCAGUAUGUCCGGGCCCCCGCGCGCCGCCCGCCUGGCGCUGCACCUGGCGCUGCUGCUCUGGUAUCUCUUCAUCCUGAGCCGCAACCUGGGCCUGAGCGAGCGGCACCCGGGAGCCGCCACCUACGGCGGCCGCUGGAAGUACCUGACCUUCCUGGACCUGGUCCUGCAAGCCAUCUUCUUUGGGAUCUGUGUGCUCAUGGACCUGCUGGCUUUGGCAGCCAAACGUGGGCGGAGGCUUCAGAGCCUGGCCCAGCACGUGAACACGCUACAAGACCGGAUAUUCACAAACCUGGCCUUCCCCGUGGGCUCUUUUGUGGUGCUGAGUUUCUGGCUCCUCUAUGUCUAUGAUCGGGAGCUGGUUUACCCCAGAGAGAUGGACGACAUUAUUCCCCAGUGGCUGAACCAUGCAAUGCACUCUGUGAUCCUGAUGCCGCUGCUAAUGGAGGUCUGGCUGGUGUCACAUCACUACCCAUCACGGGUGAGCGGCCUGGUCAUGCUCUCAGCGUUCUGCUCUCUUUACUUAAUCUGGGUGAUGUGGAUUCACUCUGUGUCGGGAAUCUGGGUCUACCCCAUCCUGGCUAAGCUCAACCCUGUCGCCAAGGUCGUCUUCUUAGCAGUAGCUGUUAUUUCAACAGCCCCACUGUAUCUCCUAGGGGAGAAACUCGAGCACAUCAGAUGGGGUAAUGUGCACUGGACUCAGAAAAUUAAAUGAAAGCCUUUCUGUACAAUGACCAGAUGCGGGCUCAAAAUGAUUUUGUAUCCUUGAUUCUCCGAUUAGCAACUAUUGUAAUGAACUCCAUCCUUCGCUAUGGCAUGGACUUGCCUUGCUCUCCCUGUUUUGUUGCUUUUAAACAAAGUUAGAAAUACAGAAAUGUGUAGGUAACUAAAGAUCCUCCUCUUCGACCCGUGCCCUCAGUCACCCUCCUACCCCUACCCUCCCUGCCCUCCACCCUUCCUGAUCCCAACCACCAGCUUGGGUGCGGAUCCCUGACUGUCCAGCGCCUUGGGACGUCCUCCUAAUGUGAAAUGCGCUAAACAAAUGUAAUUUGUUGUUGUAGCAGUGUGACCAACCGUAACCAUUCCUACUCAGGUCCAUCCACAUCCCACCUCAAUCCCAACUUUUAAUUGUGUUGGUAAUGUUCAAAGAUCAGGCAGGGAAUUGGUGUCUAAGAAAGAUCUUUAUAGAAAAAAACAAGCUUCAAUUGUACUGGAGAUUCAAGCACAGCUCUGACUGUCCACAGUUCCAGGACCUGACCAACGAUUUUUAAAUAAAAUGAUUUGAGAAAUUUA